GUUUGAAGUGAAACUAGCAACAACUCGAUCAAGUAAAGUCCGAGUAACGUGAGAAGAAAGUCAUAUGUCCUGUCUGUAGAUUAUUUCUCAUAUCUCAACCUACUGACAUGUAUAGGCGUAAUUAUCCAGAUGACCCUGGAUUGCACAAUAUGAAUGAUAGGCACACUCGUACCACGUACAGGAGGAAUGCCACAUUUUUGGAGCGAGUUGGAAACAGCUGUGCUGGGAUACUGAUUGGAAUUGUAUUGCUUGUUGUUGCCUCUGGACUACUUUUUUGGAAUGAGGGCCGAGCAGUUCAGACUGCCCAAUCUCUUGAUGAAGGUUUAGCCAGUGUGGUGCCCCUAGAUAACACCAAUGUAGUGUUUGAUCAUAACCAUGGUAAACUUGUCCACCUCACUGGCAAAUUAAAGACAGAAAGGGUGCUGACAGAUCCGACCUAUGAUAUUGCAGUACAUUCGGUCCACCUGAGGCGGACAGUGGAGAUGUUUCAGUGGGUGGAGCAUCAAAGUAAAACAGAGCACAAUGAAGGCAGCCAUACCAGGACAGAAACUACCUAUUCCUAUUCACAAGAGUGGAGGUCUGAUCUCGUGAGAAGUGCACAAUUUGAUAGCGAAUUUAGCCAUCGAAACCCAACAUCCAUGGCAGUCAAGUCUAAGACCCAGACAGCUCACCUGGUGAAUGUAGGACAGUUUCAGCUAUCUCCAGGUUUGGUGGGAAAGAUUUCCAACUUUAGGCCAGUGGAAGCUGAGUUAAUUAUCAAACCAAAUGAUCCAAGUAUCCAUGUGUUGGAUGGACUCUUUAUACACAGCUUAAAUCCAACCAAUCCACAGGCGGGUGACUUGAGGAUAAAAUUUGAGUAUGCUGGUCUCAGUGGACAAUCGAUGAUGGGAGAUGCAGAUAGUGUGAGCAUUGUGGCCCGACAGUUGGGGAGUGAGCUGAAGGGUUACAAUACCAUUGCUGGGGACACCCUAGAACUACUGUACGAGGGAGCCCUGUCUGCCAAGGCAAUGUUUGCUAAAGAACACAGCACAAACACUGUUAUGACCUGGGCCAUCAGGUUUGGGGGCUGGCUUCUCAUGUUUGUAGGCUUCGGAUGUCUUACCAGUAUAGUCAGCACUCUAGUUGAUUGGCUGCCAAUUAUCCGCGAACUGGUAGCUGCUGGCGUUACAGUUCUGAAUCUGUCAAUGUCCAUCAGCCUGUCUCUCACGGUGAUUGCGAUUGGCUGGAUUCGAUACCGCCCCCUCCUUGGCAUCAGCUUAUUGGCACUAGCAGCCACGCCCUUCAUCUUGUCGAAAUUCCGGCGACAGCACCUGGGGACAGCCAGGUACAGUCUGUACUGGAUGUGUGUGUAGCGUCUGACAUUCUGCUGCCACCUAGCCCUCCACCAC